AUGACCCCUGCACCCACCCCCCACAGCCUGCCCUACCCCACCUACCCUGCCUCAGCCUCGGACUUCUCAGUGGGUGGAGUGCCAGGGAGGAGGAGGCACACGGAGACCUGGGGCUCGGGGCCCCUGGAUUCCUGCAUCUGCAUAUGCGUAUUUGCCAAAGACGACAGGGUGGGCUGGGCCUUGCUCAGCUGUGGGUUGCCCUGCUGGGAAGGAGGGAAUCACGUCCACCUGGGUCCCAAGAUCUUCGCCUCCUUCCCUGGGGCCAUGGACAUCAGCAGUGGGUUGGGUGGCGAUUAUAUCAUCUGUGAUCCCAAGGAGAAGAAAUACAGAAAACCCAAGAGAGACAGGGGCAGUGGUGCUGAUGGAACGCGGGGGAGGCCCACAUUUGAGCAAAGCUGCCCUGCCCUUGUCCCCUGGCCUGGCUUCCUGGUAAGGAGUUUCAGCCGCCUCCGCAGGAACCCCCAAAGUGCAGGUUCCGGAGCAGACACAUCCGGGCGGAGAGACUCAGCACACAAGUGCUGCAGUUGCACGGUGGGACCCGAGGCCUCGUGCGUUUUUUGCUGUGGGUGGGGUGGGUGGGUUGGUUUAUGCCUAUCAAUGCAAUUUUUAAUUUUUGUUAAUAUCAACAGCAAAAGCCUAGUGCAUUGGGAGAUGUGCAACCUCCCUGAAAAUCUUUUCUGUUUCUGGAGUGCUUCAGGGGUGGCCUCUGGCCCCAGAGCCUUUGCCGCAGUGCCCCCACCAGCCCCCACCUCAUCCGUCUGUUUGCAGAGCCUCAUCUACAGGACCCCACGCUGCCUUCUUUACUCACUCUGCGCUUGGCCGUUUUGUUAUUUGGCUUAGUCUACAUUGGGCGGGAGUCUGUGUGCACAGAGUGGGUGUUCCUCCAAGCCCCUUCCGCUCAGAGGGCCACACCCAGCGAUGCCAGUGAAGGUGGCACAGCCUCUCUUCAGUUUCUCCUGACUGUGAUCUCACUGGGGCAGAAUUCCCCUGAGAGAAUUCCCUCACUCACGGCUCCCUUUGCCAGAGUUAGUUCAAUCAGGUCUGAUGUGAGCAAUUUACACACUUGUCUCAGAAAGUCCCUCAGGGUUUGUAGAGGACUGCAGGGGGGCAUCCGCUGCAGACUCAGCCUUUCUCUGCAGCCAUCCUGCAGCGGGGGUGAGCGGGCACAGGCUGAGAACUGCUCUUGGGUGGUGGGAAGCAGGUGUCACGGUGCAAGUCUCCCCCUGCACCCCUCCCCCAGCUUGAGCCGUGUCACCCCCUCUCCCUCCAGCAUGGGCCUGCGUCUCAGGCUCUCUGGAAGGCAGCCCUGCCCCGGACUCUCUUGCAGGUGUCCUGGUUUGACUUGGAACUAGGUGGCCAUCUUUCCAGGCUUUGGUGGCCCAAGAGCAGUCUGGGUGGAUGGAAGUGGCUGUCCCCUCCUCUCCAGCCCCUGCCCACCCACUGGUGGAGGUGCUAACUAGCAGGGACGUGGCAUAGGAUGGGAGCUGGGCGUGAGGUGCUUGGGGUCCAUUCUUUGUCCCUCAGCUUCUCAGAGUCCGGCCAGCCCUUGUGUUCCCGUGCCCCCCACUUUCCUCCUCCCCACUGCAGUGAGGCAAUAGUCCAGGGUGGGGCCUGGCCUCCCUGCCCUGAUUGGGGACUCAGGAGGUGAGGCCUGGGGGGCUUCCUGCCCCCUCUUUGCCCACCUGCCUGCCCCCGGGCAGCACGGGAGGGAGAGCAGGGUGAGCACGCUUGUUGGUUUCAGAUGCACUUUCUGCUUGCAAUGCCGUAUCUGUGCGUUCCUUCAUCCUGGUCCUGGCUUUAUGGAACACCAUGUUUUUAGCAUGUUUUUAAAUAAAAACGGAUAAAGUGUCAAAAGCA